GGAGGAGAGUUUCCGCUCAGGGAAAUCCCGCCCUACCUGACCAUGUUACUCUCACCCGGGGGGUAACGGGAUGAUUUGGGACACAGGGAGAGGGUUCGAGGCUAGUCCUAGGAGGUGGUUAAAAUCUUCCCCCAGUGACGGUGAGAAGCCGCUGGACUGUCUGGAAAUAGGGAGAGGAGCUGAUUGGGAAUCUGAUUGAAUAACAUGAGCUGGAGUUUUCUGACACGCCUUCUCGAGGAAAUCCAUAACCAUUCCACAUUUGUUGGCAAAUUGUGGCUGACUUGCCUUGUUAUAUUCCGCAUUGUGCUGACAGUGGUCGGAGGAGAAUCUAUUUACUAUGACGAACAGACCAAGUUCGUUUGCAAUACCCAACAGCCAGGUUGUGAGAAUGUCUGCUACGAUUCCUUUGCUCCGUUAUCCCACGUAAGAUUCUGGGUAUUCCAGAUAAUCCUGAUUGCAACUCCGUCUGUUAUAUAUCUGGGUUAUGCUGUCCACAAAAUUGCUGCAGCAGAAGAUCAUGAAUAUGGACAGCGAAAGCCAAAGAAACACCAGUACGCAGUGCAGUGGAGACAGCACCGUGCCUUGGAGGAAGCUGAAGAUGACAACAUUGAGGAUCCCAUUCUAUAUCCAGAGAUAGAACUGCACAGUGAUAAAGAGAACCAAGAUCACAAACACCCGACCAAGCACGAUGGGAGGCGUCUCAUAAUAAGGGAUGGUUUAAUGAAAAUUUAUGUGAUGCAGUUGCUCGCCAGGACUGCCUUUGAGUUGAGUUUUCUUGUGGGUCAGUAUAUUUUAUAUGGCUUUAAGGUGGCAGCGAAAUAUCAGUGUGAAACUUCUCCAUGCCCUCAUAAAGUAGACUGCUUCGUGUCUAGGCCAACAGAAAAGACCAUUUUUCUGUUAAUAAUGUAUGCAGUAAGCUGUCUUUGUUUAAUAAUAGACAUAUGGGAGUUGAUUCACUUGGGAUUUGGCAUGAUUAGGGAUAUACUACGAAGCAAGCAAAACUCAAUGACGGAGGCAAGUUACAGUUACCCAUACACGUGGAAUACCCCUUCAGCUCCCCCAGGUUACAACAUUGCAAUCAAACCAGAUCAGAUUCCAUACACAGAACUGUCAAAUGCUAAAAUGGCUUGCAAACAAAAUAAGGCAAAUAUUGCUCAAGAGCAGCAAUAUGGUAGCAAUGAUGAGAACAUCCCAUUCAACUUGGAAAGUGUGCAGCAACAGCUGAAAAUGGCUCAGGAACAACUGGACCUGGCUUUCAAGGCUUAUAAUGAGCACAAUAACCCCUCGAACCAUCCCAGCGACAAGAAAAAGUCUGGAUCAAAUAAGAGCAGCAUAAGCAACAAAUCUGGAGACGGGAAUACUUCCGUGUGGAUCUGAUAAUUGUUUUGUUGCUCAACUAGUUCAGUUACUUGUAGACUUGAAGCUAACUUAUUAUGAAUGAAUAGUUCAUACAUUUCUGUCAGUUAAGGUAAAUAAGCAUCUGAGAUCGAGCUCAUGAAAAACAAAGUGCUACCUACUACAGGUUUGGUUUAUUUUGACUCCAUCUAUGGAGGUCUACGUUGGAACUUGCUACACAUUAAGCUUUGUUUUGAAGAACUCUGCUCACUGGGAGGUUGCUUCUGUUCGGUAGACUUUAGUAAGUUAAUUGCAAUUCUUGGAUUUGAUGUACCUAUUGUUUCCAGUUACUGUAUUGAUGAGUUUGGCAUAAGUAUUUUGAAAACUGAAUGCAGCUCUAACUAUUCAGCGAUAUAUAAGUGCCUUGGAGAAAGGGCAGGAACAAACAUAAGAUACAGGCUGGUUGUAGUUAUAGCCUGUGUUGCAUAGUUAAUGAAAGGUUAUUUGAAGAAUUUUGUGUAAAAUGAUGUUCUUUAGAUAUUCAGGUCAAUAGUACUUCUAUAUCUUUUUUUAUAUAUUGAUACUUGCACACAACAUUUAAGGAUAAUGAUUUACCAAGACCAGAUACUGACUUCAAAUAAGAUAAGACACAUUAUACAACACUUUGAGAAUAAUGGCUGUCUCUUUGGAUAAUUCCCACUUUGUCAAAAUUAUGUCUGAUUACAAUAGGUUUUCCUUGAUGUAAUGAUUGUUAUAGUUGCAGAAUCUCUUUUGAGUCUAGUGUUUUGACUUGUGUUACUGUAAAAUAACGGUAGGAAUGUUUAAUUUGAGGUGACAUUGAUAGCAGUGUACAUUCAAGGAAUCGCAUGGUCCAAAACUUGAUUUGUAAUCAUGAUCUUGUUCCCAAAUCAGUUAUGGAGUACUCUACAUAAUGAGAAGGAAGACAAGCAAGUAGCACAAAAAUAUGUUGAAAUCAAAUGGGAUAAGGUUUGAAAUUGAUACUUAAUAGAGGCAUUUCAUAAAUCAAAAGUUCUCUAUUUAAGAGACUGAUGAUGCUAAAUUAUCCUUAUUGUUUGAAAUGCAGCUUUUUACUUUUCAUCUUCAGUCAGAAGAUGUUCGGUUUUAAUUUUGAAUUGUAUGCAUUGUGAGUAAAAGAGCAUGUUUAUGGAACAUAUUGUUGGUACCACAGGAUCUUAGAAUUUAGGAACUACAAUAUUUUGAUGCGUUCCUGAAUAAGAUGCUUUUUCUGAAGAAUGCUGAGGUGCAAAGAGCAGGCAAUUACCAUAGCAUGUUAGGCAGUAAGGUUUCUUGAGAGAAGACUUCCAAGUAUCACUUGUCUCUUAUUUUCACAGUUGAUUAACCAAAGUGAACAUUAUAUGGUCAGUUGUUGAGCUUCAUCAAUAUUUGCUAAAGUUGUCAAUCCGUUCCAAAAAGAAGCCAUCACAUUUACUUUGGUGACUCAGCAUUUUUAAGUUAGUGUUCCAAAGCUUAUAAAAUGGUUCGAUCUUCUUAAUUAUGACCCUCAUUGUCUAAAUGGCAGUGUCCUGAAUGCCAAUAUUGAUUGCUUUAUUGUUUAAAAGCAGAUGUUUACAGUUUGUGUAGAAUAUAUAUGUCAUCUAGGGCAAAUUUGGAAUACAAGUUAUCCUAGUAUAUGCUUAAUGACACACAUUUAGGAGAAAUAUCCUUUGCUUAUUUUGUAUUUUACAUUUCUUGUAAAGAAUUUUUCAUGUUCCCCUUUGGUACUUUUAAGAAUGGAAUUGCCAAAUUAAAAUCCACUGUCUUCAAAUAUUAUUUCGAAAAGCAGUCAACUCUGACUUCCAAGGAACCAAAUGUACCUUUUUAUAUACUGGAACAAAUUGUAACAUUUGAAGAAUGCCUUUGGUUGGUUUCAGUCUAUUGCAUAUGACCUUGUACUUGGUUAAGUGCUUUUUUAGGUCAAAAUGAUAGAGAAAUCGCUGAUAGGGAACAUUUUUAGUUUAAGCAUCAUUAUAUAUUUUUAAUGGAAAGUUUAAUGAGCUCAAGUAAUAUUAGGUACAGAGUAGGGUUUUGUUCCAGUUAUUGGCAGUAUUCUGAUUGUUCACUUCAUGGUGAAAAGUUUACUUCUGAUUGGUUGAAAGCACCAUUGUGAAUCAAUAUUAAAGCAGUAUUCUCCAAAGGGUAGCUUCUAGCUAAAAGGGAAAGAGAUAAAACAUUAAAUAUUUUCAAGAAUAUUGAACUGUGUAAAAAUAAGUGUACUUCUUAUGUAAUUGUUUUUGAAUUUAGCUACACAGCACAUCUUUAAUGAAGUAAUUGGAGUGCCAAAUGGUAAAACCAUCUAAUGUGAUGAUUUCAGUGAGUCACUUUACAAAAACAAUGAUAUUGCCAUAAGGAACAGAAACAGGUGCCUUUUUAUGUUGCUGUUACCUACAAAACAAAAACAGACUUCAUGCUACAUUCCAAACUGCAGGAAAAGUAUUUUGUUUCAGUAAAAAUGUGCAUUGUCGUUUAAUUGUGUUACACAGUUGUCUAAGUAAAUAUAACAUGUCAUUGCAACAUCUAUGCAAAUUAUUCUAGUUUUAUAUGAAACAGAUGGAUGUUUUUUUUUAAAAAUACGUGUCUAUGUAUU